ACUACUGCGCAGCUGCUGCAUGUGUCAAAAUCGAAAUGACAAGCAAAGCAGAACUCAGAGAAAAAAAUAAAUAACAGAAGUUCAAACUGCCGAAGAAAAGUUAAGCAAAGCAACACAGAACCGCAUCUUGUCAAUAAAUUAAGAAAAAAAUUCAAUAAAAUUAAAUAUAAACGGAUUAGAUUUAUUUUAUUAUAAAUAGUGAAAUAAUAAUUGCUUACAUAUUGAAGUUAGCCAAAUUUAAAGCAAAUUCGUACUUUUAUUGCAGAUAAUUGAUUUUAAGCAAUAGAAAUUACGCAAGUGUCGUGUGCAAAAAAAAGUUCUCAAUUAAAGUUUCAAAAUAUAUGUAUAUAAGAGUUAAUUCGAAAACAAUAUUUGUUUAGUGUAAAUCGAAAAUAUUGUGCAGCAAAGUGAAGAAAAUAUAUAAAAAAAUUUUAAUUUACGGAGAAAUAUCAAGCUUCACCACAAUAAGUAAAAAAGCAACUGCAAACGCAACGUCAAGAACACGGCUCACAAAUCUAAGAAAAGCUACAAUCGAAGUAUCUCACAAAAACAAAAUGGCACACAAACGCUUUUUCAAUGACAGCUGCUCUUUCAAUUUCAGUAUGCAGGAUAAUUCUUUUGAAACUCCGAGUUCACCUAGCGUGGAAGUUCCAAUAAAAAAAUAUUAUCGAAAGGCAGCUCAUAGAAUUUUCGUUAACAGAUCAUUGCAUUUGGAAAAUAUUAAAUUCUAUGGAUUCGAUAUGGAUUACACACUGGCAGAAUACAAAUCGCCACAAUAUGAACAACUCGGUUUCGACCUUGUCAAGGAGCGACUUGUUAGCAUGGGUUACCCUAAGGAAAUACUACAAUUUGAAUAUGACCCUUCGUUUCCUGUACGUGGUCUCUGGUUUGAUACACUUUAUGGCAAUUUACUGAAGGUAGACGCAUAUGGAAACAUAUUGGUUUGUGUGCAUGGAUUUGAGUUUUUGAAGCACCACCAGGUUUAUGAAUUGUAUCCAAAUAAAUUCUUGAAAUUGGAUGAAUCACGCGUUUAUGUAUUGAAUACACUAUUCAAUUUGCCGGAGACUUAUUUAUUAGCUUGCCUAGUAGACUUCUUUACAAAUAGUUCAGUUUAUGAGAGAGAGAAAACUGGUGUUAAUGCUGGAGAACUUUUCAUGUCUUUUAAGUCAAUUUUCCAAGAUGUUCGUCGUGCUGUAGACUGGGUGCAUUUACAAGGAGAUUUAAAAAAGAAAACUACCGAAAAUUUGGAUUACUAUGUCAAAAAAGAUGUACGCCUACCCAUGGUACUUUCGCGUAUACGUGAAUCAGGCGCCAAAGUAUUUUUACUCACCAACAGCGACUAUAAUUUUACUGAUAAAAUAAUGACAUAUUUAUUUGAUUUUCCACACGGCGCAAAAUCCGAAGAACCUCAUCGGAACUGGAAGACAUAUUUCGACGUAAUUGUUGUAGAUGCACGUAAACCACUAUUCUUCGGAGAAGGCACCAUAUUACGACAGGUCGAUACUACCACAGGUGCAUUAAAAAUUGGUACACACAUUGGUCCAUUACAACAGGGUGAGGUCUAUUCAGGUGGAUCGUGUGAAGUAUUUACAUCGUUCAUUAAUGCCAAAGGCAAAGAUGUACUCUAUAUUGGUGAUCAUAUAUUUGGUGAUAUAUUAAAAUCGAAAAAGAUACGUGGUUGGCGUACAUUUUUAAUUGUACCAGAAUUAGUACAGGAAUUACACGUUUGGACAGACAAAUGUCAAUUCUUCGCAGAGCUACAACAGUUAGACGUUAUGUUAGGUGAUAUGUACAAAAAUCUUGAUUCAAGCACCAAAGAAAAACCAGAUAUUUCCAAAUUACGUACUUCCAUACGUGAUGUGACACAUAAAAUGGACUUGGCUUAUGGUAUGAUGGGUUCAUUAUUCCGUUCUGGUUCACGGCAGACAUUCUUCUCCAGCCAAGUAGUCAGAUAUGCAGAUUUAUAUGCAGCUACUUUUCUCAAUCUGAUUUAUUAUCCAUUUUCCUAUAUGUUCCGCGCACCAGCAAUGCUUUUACCACAUGAAUCCACAGUGGCACACGAACAACGUUUCCAAAUGGAAGCACCAAUGAUACAAAGGUCACGUUCAAAAAUUGAAAACACAAACAGCAUACAAAAUACGAGCGCUAUUGAUGCAGAACUGGCUAGUGCUAGUGCUAGGGCAGUUGGUGCUUUUACGCCAGUAACAAGUGAUGUAGCACUUGCUGAAUCAGAAACAACAGUGCCGCAUACGCGUCCAUCAACACCACGCACAGUAACACAUACACAUGAUGAGGACUAUUCAGAGGAGGAAUCUGAUCCGAAUAACAAAACUGAAGAUCAGCGUGAUCGUGACACUGAUGACAGUUAAACGGUUUAAAUGGAUUCAGUAAUUGACCGAAUCGCUUUUGUUGAGCCUUUGUUGAAGAAUCUUUGAGAGAUUCCAUUGUUGAAGUUUGCAUGUCAGCUGAGCAAUAUGCAAACUAAUUAAAUUUUCAAGAGAUUCAAAUUUUGUAAUUGAAA